CUUGUCACCUCUUUGUGGGCUCCAAGGGUUUUUCCUCUCUCUCUCUCUCUCUUCCCUGGCUUCUUGCGGUGCUGAGGAGCUUUCCCUGGAGAAUCCCAGUCGAUCUGCCGCUACAGCCGUGUUGCACACCCAAAUUCUGGGUAUGAGCAUUGGUUUCGGUGGGAUUCAGUGGCCGGAUUGAGCAGCCAGCUAUGGCGAUCGCCUUGGGGCGUCACCGAUUUCCCAUGCUGGCCACGCAGCCGCGGAUAUUUCACAGAUCGGCGGCCAAAAGAUUGGCUGCCAGCGGUCUCUGGGGCCAGCGGCCGCGGAUCAAGAGGAAUUCCGUGAGAUCUUCGACGCCGGCGCCCAAAGACGCGAUCGGUCAUCACGAGAAUGGGCUCGCAUCGAUCGAUCCAGCUGCUGCUGCCGCCGCGGCUCAGAUUGUGAAGCAUUACGAUCGAAGUAAGCGCCUGGAGGAACGCAUCGAAAGGGCAAUUUUUGAUUGCAGAUUCCUCACACUGUUCGGAGUGAUUGGUUCUUUAGCAGGCUCAUUGCUGUGUUUUGUCAAGGGUUCUUUGUUCGUGUUGAGGUCGUUUAUAGAGUAUUUCAAUGCAAUCUGGCAAGGAGUUGACACCGAAGUUAUACUUUUGCUGGUGGAAGCUGUAGACAUUUAUCUCAUGGGGACUGUGAUGCUCAUCUUCGGGAUGGGCUUGUACGAGUUGUUUGUGAGCACGCUCGACAUUCCAGAAGAGAACCUCCCGGCUGGAGUCCCCAGAACUACUGUUUGCGGCUCCAACUUGUUUGGGCUUUUCAGGCUCCAGGAGCGCCCGAAGUGGCUGGAAAUUCGUUCCCUGGACGAGCUCAAGACGAAACUGGGACAUGUUAUCGUCAUGAUCCUUCUGGUUGGCAUGUUUGACAAGAGCAAGAAGAUCGUCAUCCACACAGCCUUGGAUCUCGUGUGUCUCUCGGCCUCCAUUCUUUUCUCAUCGGGCUGCCUCUUCCUCCUCUCUAAAUUGCACAAGUAAUAGGAGUGCGAUCUACAAACCAUUGUUUAUCACCACAAACGUUGGUUAAAUAUACUUAAGAGCACUUUCUAUUUGA